GUGUGGACGUGUGGGUGGUGGGCUGAGUUCCAGCGCUCGUGUUUAAUUCCGUGGCCUGGUGAUUCGAGUGUAGCUGUGAUAUUUGAAUCAUAUGAACACCUGAUAAAAGUGCCUGUUCACAAUGGAUACCAAGGAGAAGGUGACAGAGCCAGAGAUUAAAGGCUGGCUCUACAAGUGGACAAAUUACAUAAAGGGAUAUCAGAAGAGGUGGUUUGUGCUUUCCAAUGGACUGCUUUCAUACUACAGGACCCAGGCGGAGAUGGCGCACACGUGCCGGGGCACCAUCAGCCUGCACGGCGCGGCGAUCCACUGCGAGGACUCGUGCAACUUCAUCAUCUCCAACGUGUCCAAUGGUGGCACACAGACGUUCCACCUGAAGACGCCCAACGAGAUCGAGCGCCAGCGCUGGAUCACCGCGCUGGAGCUGGCUAAGGCCAAGGCUAUCAGGGCACUCGACUCUGAGGAGGAUGGCUUCGAUGAAGAAGAAGAGCCAGACAAGGGCGAUAUCCAGGCCGUGAUCAGCACGCUGAACGCGAAGCUGGAGGACUUGCAAACUUGUCACGAUCUGAUCGCAAAGCACGCCUCCACCCUACACAGAUCCCUGGCCGACUUGGAGAACUCGGAGAGCGCUCAGGAGGUCACGGCGAAGGUGAAGCAGGUCAACGGGAGGGCGACGCUGUUUCGAAUCACGUCUACGGCUAUGAUUAAGGCGUGCGCCGACUACCGGGACCUGGUGCAGACGCACGGCCGCAAGUGGCAGCGCAUGUUCCAGCACGAGCGCGACCAGCGCAGCCGGCUGGAGCAGAUGGUGGAGCAGCUGGCCCGACAGCACUCCCACCUGGAGAACGAGGCCAAACAGCUGGAGGUCAAGCAGCUCAUCAAGAAAGACAGUCUCACUGGUGUGGCCAGUAUCCAGUCGAGCGAUGACGAGUUCGAGGAUGCGGCCGACGACUUCGGAAGCCACUUCACGGUGGCCGUGCCCACCAACCACAAGCGCUCGGGCAGUAACGUGUCGCAGACGUCCGAGGGCCGGGACAAGCUGCCGAACGAGUCCGACUCGAGCAACGAGGAGGACAACUCGGAGAUGGUCGGCGUCAUCGCCCACAAGCCGGACAAACAGAAGGUAACGCUCUCGAGGCUGGUGUUCUUCGGCAACCUCAACUGA